AUGUUAUUCGAUAGGAGGAUCAAAAAUCGCAACAAACGCCGCGUUUAUAUCACGCUGCACCACCGUGAUGAUCUAUCGCUGCCACACAACCGAAAGAAAAUGGGAUAUGGGGCUUAUAACUGGUCGAUUAUAAUCACCCCGAAGGUCUCAACAGGCGCAGACAGCUUCGCAUACGAUGUCACCAACGUUCCCGAGCCGGACGCCUUUUUCAAAUUCGAGUCCAACCCUGACCGUGAGUGGCGCUAUCGACAGAAACCGCACGUCGACCCGACCAACUGCUCGACGUUGGUCAAGAAGAUCCUGAUAGGCAAGAUCCCAAACGACAUCACGUACUCGCUUAUCCAGUACCUCCUAGAGACGAUCCCGAUUACGGAAAACGAUACCCACCACAAGCAGACUGGGGUCAGAUGGAUUGUCCAUGCCAUCCAUAAGCUCCAGCAUACUGUUCUCCUUGCGGAGAUGUUCAGUAUUCGUGAGUUUAUGGAUGAGGCCAUCAAGCUCGCAGAUGAACGCUUGCGGUUGGGGUCGUCUGUUCCGGAAGUAACGGACUUCACGAAGCGGCCCCCGUCAACCAAUUACUCUGACAUGUCGCCACCGUCAUCUGGUUAG